UCAAAUUUUAAGGUUAUGAUUGAGUCAGAUAGAAUUAACAAGUCAAAAUAUUCAUUUAAUUAACAAUAAUAGGUUUAAUUCUCAUUAAUUUGUACAUUUUAAGGUUCUCUAGAAAGCACUACAGUAUGUCUGAAGCACCCAUAAUCAAAAAGCUUGAGGAAACGGUAAUAAACAGAAUUGCUGCAGGUGAAGUAAUACAACGACCUGCUAAUGCUCUUAAAGAAUUGAUAGAAAACAGUUUAGAUGCUAAAUCAACAAACAUUCAAAUCACAGUAAAAAAUGGGGGCCUCAAAUAUAUCCAAAUACAAGAUAACGGUGUGGGAAUAAGGAAAGAUGACUUUAGUAUUGUAUGCGAACGAUUUACAACUUCAAAACUGCAGAAAUUUGAAGAUUUGAGUUCUAUCUCUACUUAUGGCUUUAGAGGUGAAGCUUUGGCAAGCAUAAGUCAUGUAGCACAUCUUACAAUUCAGUCUAAAACCGCCUCAGAAAAAUGUGCUUACAGAGCCCAAUUUAUUGAUGGUAAAUUAAAUGGACCCCCCAAACUAAUAGCUGGGAACCAGGGCACUCAAAUAAUAGUAGAAGACUUAUUUUACAACAUGAAUGUUAGAAAAAGAGCUUUAAAAAGUGCGUCAGAAGAAUACCAGAAAAUUGCUGAUGUUGUAGGGAAAUAUGCUAUUCACAAUGCCUCUGUUGGUUUUAGUCUCAAAAAAUUUGGAGAGAACAACGACAUAAGGACACCAGUUGGUUCAAAUCAGACUGAUAAUAUAAGAACUAUUUAUGGGAACAGUAUUGCAAGAGAACUGACUGAAUUUUCGUUGGAAGAUGACAAAUAUAAAUUCAAAGCAAAUGGCCAAAUGACCAACGUAAAUUAUUCUACAAAACGAAUGAAUUUUUUACUGUUUAUAAAUCACCGAUUGGUGGAAUGUCAAAGUCUGAAAAAAUCAAUCGAUCAAGUUUACACAAAUUACCUACCAAAAAACAUGCAUCCAUUUAUCUAUUUGAGCCUAAAAUUAGAUCCGAAAAACGUCGAUGUUAAUGUACAUCCAACAAAACACGAAGUUCAUUUUUUAAACGAAGAACAAAUCGUCGAAAUUAUAACAGCAGCAGUGGAAAAGAAAUUAUUGGGCUGUAACAAUUCCCGAGUAUACUUUACACAGGCAAAAUUACCUAUUGUAACAUCCAAUACUAUUCAAAGUUCGCCAAAAGAAAAAUCGGAAAAGGUUUACCCCAAGGAACUUGUAAGAACUGACUCGUCCAAUCAAAAACUUGAAAAAUUUUUUGGGGCAACCACAAAAAAAAUGGAAACGAUGCAAAUAACUGAUCGUAAUGACGAUGAUAACGUCGAUAACAAAGUAGUAACUAAUCCUGAAGACAAGUUGUUCGAAGAAAGAAAUAAACAAUUUUUAAUCGACAACGAAAAGUUUGAAUCAAAACUGUUGAACAAAACGAUCGAACAUAGUCCAAGUCCAAAGAAGAAAAUGAAAACAGAUGUUGGAUUCAAUCCAGUUGGGGGUGUUGUUCUAAGUCGUACCAAGGAAUUGGAAGUGACCACGGUUGAAUGUGAAUUAACAAGCGUGCUAGAACUUCGAAAAAAGAUUGAAGGCAAUUGCCACCCUGCAAUGCGUGAAUUAUUCAACCAGCAUGUUUUCGUGGGUUGUAUAGACCCUUCGCAGGCCCUCAUUCAGCACGGCACAAAGCUUUACAUGUGCAACACACAACAAAUAAUGGAGGAACUGUUUUAUCAGUUUGUCAUGUAUAAUUUUCAAAAUUUCGGUAUCAUAUCAUUUAGCGAUCCGCUGUCUGUAAAAAAACUAGCCUUGGAGGCUCUCAAAUUACCAGAAACAGGGUGGACUCCCGAAGACGGCGACAAGAAUGAAUUGGCCGAAAAAGUAACAGAAAUUUUGACAGAGAAGGGUGAAAUGCUAAAAGAAUAUUUCACUCUAGAAAUCGACGAAAAUGGAGACCUGAAGACUUUACCACUUUUGCUAGACAAACACGUACCGGAAAUGACAGGUUUGCCCAUGUAUUUGUUAAGACUUGCGACGGAAGUCAACUGGGAAUCGGAGUUGGAGUGCUUUGAAACGUUUGCCAGGGAAACUGCAAAAUAUUAUUCGUUUAUAGAAGAAAAUGAUUCGGAUGAAAAGCACAACUGGAAGUGGCUUGUGGAACAUGUUUUUUAUCCUGCCAUUAAAGACUUUUUUCUACCACCGAAAUCAUUUAUUAAUAAUGCGGCUAUUGUUGAACUUGCCAAUCUACCGAAUUUGUACAAAGUGUUCGAAAGAUGUUAAAAAUAAUUUUUCCUUCCCAUGUAAUUGUUAAUUGAUAUCUAUUUUUGUACAUUUUUCUUAUGAAAACCAUUGUGUUACCUUUUGUAUUUAUAAUUUCUCAAUUAAAAUGUUUU